AUGGCGCUAAAAAGUACUAAAAAAAGAACAAUAGCAAAGAAGGCUCCCCAAAAGAAUGCCACAACCAAAACAAAAAGCAAAGAACAAAACUUCGUAUACCCAAAGGAAGAAGAUCUUUUGAAUUAUAACCCGUUUAUGACAAAAGAGGAAAUAAAGCCAUUUGAAUUAAACAUAGAAAAUGAAGAAAUAAGUGAUGAGGAAGAGAUAGAAAAAGAUUCGUUUAAGGAGCUUUUAAAAAGAAGAAUAAAAAAAAUGAACCAGAAAGUGAGGAAACAUCAUAAGAGGGACUCUAACCUUAGAAAAAGACACGAAGUGGGCAUCGAAAUUUCGGGGAAAAGUUGGUUUGAAAAUAAACUACUAAAUGACGUUCCUCGAAAGCUAACAAUAUGUUAA